ACAGCAAGCAAAGAGUUGAGUAAAGUCUCCAAACAGCAGACCUCAUCAUGGCACGACUAGCUUUUCUCCUUCUUGCGUUCAGUCUGUUUGCAAGUGCUAGCCUUUUCCAUCCUGUAAGCUGCGGCUGCCUUGAGAACAAGACGGUCUCAUUGUUCAUCUUUGGUGAUUCCUUCUUCGACGUUGGUAACAAGAAAUACAUAUCCAAUGCUGAACAUCCCCAUGAAAGCUGCAUCCCAUCUCAAUAUUGGCCAUACGGAAGAUUUUUUGACAAGCCUAAUGGAAGAUUCUCCGAUGGCUCAAUAGUACCUGAUUAUAUUGGGAGAUUUUUAGAGUUGGAACCUAUCCCUCCAUUCGAAGAAGUGAAAAAAGUACUCCCUCAGGGGGCUAACUUUGCUUCGGCUGGAGCAGCUGUUUCUUGUGAGACCAAACCUGAGAUUACUCUAGGGGAGCAAGUAGAAAAAUUUGAGAAGUUAAAGUCCGAAUGGGUGGCUGUUGCUGAUCGCUCUGUCAUUCUAAUUUCAAUAGGUGCACAUGACUACCUGUCCCACUUCCGAUGCAAAAAUCAAUCCAUUUAUAAUGAUCCCGACAUUGUAGUGCAAAAUGUGGUGAAUGACAUAAUCGCUAAAGUAUAUAAACUAUUUCAACUGGGAGUGAGAAGAUUUGGGUUUCAGAAUGUUGGACCUCUUGGACUUUUGCCAACAGUCAAACAGGAAGCGAACUGCACAGGCCAAGAACCUAUUCUAAAUCUUUUGGCAAUGAAGCACAAUGAGGCACUCAAAAAAAUGCUGGAACACUUAGCAGAAAAAAUAGCCCAUGAGGAAAAAGACAAAGGAGUACUCCGCUAUUCAAUAUUAGAUUUCUUUGGCGCAAUUAAGAGGAGAGUAGAUAACCCUUCACCAUAUGGCUUGAAAGAAGCUGAACACGCAUGCUGUGGCGUCGGGGAGUAUCAUGCAGUAGGUUGCGCCUUGUUGGAUAAAAAGGGGUGUCCUGCUCCAAGUGGGUUUGUGUUCUUUGAUGGCGUUCAUAACACUCAAUACGUCAACGAACAACUGGCUCACGUAUUCUGGGAAGCAGACAACCACGUGGUUUAUCCUCAAACCCUGAAGGAGUUGGUUGCUGACAUAAAACCCUUCGACCUGCUUGAGGAGUAUUGAUGAAGGAUUGAAAGGGAUGAAUCUUAGUAUCUAUGUACUAAAUAAUUAACAUGCGCCAUAUAGAUAUGGUGGCAUGGAACGUUGAGUGAUUCCGUGCAUAUUAAUGUACUUGAAGUUGUGUUUUCUAUUAUAUUCAAUAAUAUACCUUCUCUAGCUUUAGCUAGAGAUGGUGUUAAUGUGUGUCUAUAAAAGAGCGUCCUAUUC